AUGAUAAGGUCGGUGAGAAGGAUACUAUUGGCUGUGUGCAAUCAACGAUCCAUGGACGCUGAGACACUGAGCACGGCCCUAAUCGAGGUGGAGCGCAUAUUGAACAAUGGGCCCUUGACACAAGUCACGAGUGAAGCCCCGAGUCUCACAUUUACCCCAAACGAGCACGACAGAAAUGGAUACUCAGAGGAAGAAAAUUUCGAGUUCGUGACAGUGCUACCGGCGGAUGGACGAUUGCGGCGAGAUGAAUGGCCCCUGGCGGUCGUCGAGGCAUGCCUCCCGGAUAAGGACGGUCUCGUACGCACGGUUAAAGUGAAAACGGCAGCCGGCGAAACCCUGCGAGAUGUCCGCCGAAUCUGCUACCUGGAAGGAGAGGAAGCGGAAUCGACCGGGAACCCAAGCAGCUGA